GUAUGCAGUUAUUCCAAUGAGAACAAAUAAAAGGAUCCCUCCUAUUACACCUCCAGCUACAGCAACUGCUUGUUCUGUUCAAACAUGGAAGCACAUGAAGCAUCAUAGGAGGAUCAAAGUUAUGUAUGUUUUAGGGGUAGAUGGGAAUAUUAAAGCUGACAAAUUUAUUUGAUUUACAUUCCAAAAUGAUUUUUAAAUGAAACAUUCUGCUCACAUGCACAUUUGUCUUUGGUUUAUAGCAUGAUGCAAACCUGAAGAUGUAUGACAUUGGCAAUGAGAGAUUAGAAAGUGUUCAGAUAUGCUGGCAUUGAUGGCAAUGUAAGACUGUAGACAGAAAAAAACCCAAGAAGUUGUUUGGACUUUUAUUUUUACAUUAGCAUAAACAUUUACCUUAGCAUGGCAGAUGUGCUAAAGCUUUCAUAACAGAAGAAAAAGAAAACCUGGGAGCACCUAAUAUGAAAGGUACCAUUAUUUUGGUUUGUUCUUCCAACUAUUCACCUAUGUUGAAUUGAGACUAGAUCCUGGCACAAGGAACAAAGCAAAGCUCUGGGUUGUUUUCUUUCUAAGGAUUCAUGUGCUUCCUGAUCUGUAAAGUCCAACUUAAGUAACCAUUAAACACUGUUUCCUGAAUCUUGAUUACUUCAGAUAAAACCAAAUCUUGUGUAACUUGGGUUUUGUUUUUUUCACUCUAAUAAAAUAGAAAAUUUAAUACAUGCCUCUAAUAUAUGAGGCAUUCUAUUAAAAGAAUUUCUCACUAGAGCAAGGGUUGGCAAUUGGUAAUGUGCUCAGUUCAUUUUUUUUCUCAUGUUAGCUGAGUAUGCUAGAAUAAAAGGCUGGAAAGACCACUUUUGCACUGUACCUUAUACCCAGCCUGUCUUGGCAUACUGCUAAACCAGUACUGGUGUGUCAAGACAUGACUACGUCUCAACUGAGAAUUGAUCCUACCAGAAUAUCCUCUAUCUGAAAAUGAGCCUCAAGCUGCAGAAUUAUAUUCCGCUCUGCAGCCAUGGGAGGCAGCUUGGGGUCAGCCGAGUACUGUGUACUGCCAGUUCUCGGGCUCUCCCCUGAAAUUGAAGCAACCAAGCAACCUGGUGUUCUCCCACAACUGGUACUGGCCUUUUUUCCUCUUCCCUGCUUUUAGGUAGGGAUAACUGUGAUCAUGCUUUAUUCCUUUCUCCUUUUUAUCUGUCUGUACUUGGUAGAUACCUUGCACUUAGCCACCUCUGUAUGAUGGUAUAAGUAAAUAAAGACAAUGCAAGCACAAAAUACUCAGUCAACACUAGUAGUAGUUUUGAAUAAGAAUUCAAAACUAAUUUGAUACAGUUUAUUGAUUAGAUCUAAAAGAGUAUAGGAAGUGAGUUGCAAAUACAUGUAUUACUGAUGUUUUUCACUGUUGCCAUGUUGCAAUAAGUGAUAUGAAAUGUCAUUCAGCUACAGAACACUUAUGUAAAUACCUUGUGCUGUAAAAUUAACCUGGCCAUAGUGUCUCAAAGGCCUUUAUCUGACCCUAUCUCAUUUUUCUUGCCUUUGGUACAGUCAUAGGAGCCAACUUAUUUUUGCAGCUCCCCUCCAGGUGUGUUGCCUUAGCGCUCUGCAGGAACUGGCUGGCUGCUUCCCCAUGAGUCAUAUAACACUCACAUCUCCCACAAGCAACCACCCUGCUCAUGGCUAUACCACAGCAACAGGCACUUUGCUGUCUUUGCAACUGGUAGGUGGGCUGAAUAUGUUUCAGCAUUUAGCCGGGCUAUUCGUACAAUAGUAUUAGUACAAGACUUAUUCUGAGGAACAGAAAAUGAGUACCUAUUUGGUAUGGCUUAAUAUUAAUACAGAGACAAGUCUGGUUGUGCUUCACUGAUAACUUUGUUUAUAAGAAUGCACAGUAUGAGGAAAUGUGUAACAAAUGCAGUCCUGAGCAUGGAAAUUCUCCAAGUUCAUCUCAGUUUUGUAGGGCAUGCUCAAGUAUGUCUUCAGUCAGAUUGCCAGGUCUGACAGAAAAAAAGCUUUAAUUUAAUGCCCAUGAACAUAAUAGAAAUUAAUGCUUUAGUUCAUACAGGUGUACUAUCAAUGAUACAAAUGUUUAUAUGGCUGGUGGUUUUACUGUUUGACAUAGGUAUCUUAAAGGUUAACAUUUCAAGCAAGCUCAGUGGGACUGUUUAACUUGUCCUCUCCAUUCCCAACUCUUUAAUGCUCUCAGCAGCAGUCCUGUGUUUUCCCCUAACCAGUUUGUCACCGUUUACCAUGAAGGACAGUAAGCUGGGGUCUGCUGUAAUGCAGUAUAUGGUACAGUAGCUGUGCACAGAUUUUGGAGUUAGAGAAUGAAUUUCCAGUCUCUUUGCUAAUGAGUUUAAUGUACUGAAUUUGUUCACUGCAGAAUGAUGUUAAGUAUUUAUGACCCACCCACUGCCAUUAGCUCAAAUUCUGCUUUUUGGGUUUUUUUUUUUGCACAGUGGUAGAUAUAAGGUAAAAUGUUAUCCAUUUCAGUAAGGAGAAUUUGGCUUGCUUUUAUUAUCUGAUUAGAUCAGCAACAGAUCAACAUUGCAUUGGUCACAAUCAACCAUUGAAAUACAUUGAAUCCAUUGUGUGCAAGGAGAAAAUGUGUGUAUCUUCUUAAAUAACUACCUCUCAUUAUGAGAAAUUGAUGUAUUGUAUUCUGUGGUGGUAUAGGAUCAUGGCAGCUGGAGAUGGAAGAGACCUGUUGGACCACUUCAUCUCCAGGUGGCCUGUGCUGGAGGACUGUCCACUGUUAAUAGGUGCUAGGCUUAUCCUAGCACAGAAGAAUGUUGAUGGUCAUCAUCUGUCUCUCUUGGGUGGAGGCUUUCUUCUUUCUUUGGCAAAGCUGAAACUGGUGCUGGAAAGGCAGAUGUGGUCACUGGAAGGAGAUGUGUAGAAAAGAUCUCUCUUCAUUGCCAUGUCAGCUGACAGCCACCAGCUCCACACUCAUUCCUACCACAAUGCACUAAGUUCUACUUGUCACGGUCUCUUGAAUGUCAACAGUCACCCCCUGUCAAAGAGCUCCUCAAGUCUGGCCUGUACUGGGCAAUCAAGUUUAGAGGAAAGGCAAAGCAACAAACAGGAGCUGAAGAAAAGCCACAGUAGCACCACCUGCCAUACCCUGGAAAACGAGAGUGAUGCCAGGAGUGUGCCGAGUCCUGGAUGGUCCUCGCAGCAUGGGGUGAUGGGACUUGGAUCAGUGGUCCAAACCAUAAGCGAUCAGUCAGCCGAUGACAAUUCACAGAGCAGAACUAAGACUACAAACCAUUGUCUUAUCACUGAACAGUCCCCAGCAUCUUGGGAAAUGGGGGACACUAAGAUGUGUGUAAAGAGCAGCACUGUUGAGAAUGUUUCUUCAGCCUGCAUUGUACACCAGCAAAGCAUGUGUGAAACUGCCCUUCAGAGAAGCCACUCAGACCUAACUUGCAGUUGCAAACAGCAGACUUACGUCACUCACAUAGAAACCAGUGCUACUCACUCCGGCCUAAGCUCUUCUAGCUGCAGGCAUGGUCCGCCAGUGGCUAGGAUGUCUUUCCAAACACAGAGAUAUGGAUCAGAAACAAAUGCAAAUGCAUCUCACUGUCAAAACCUUGUGACUCAUCUUCCAGUUCUACCUAGAGACCAAAAAGUACCCACAAAUAGCUUCGACAGUGGUCGUAUUCCACAUAAUACUACUGUUUACACAGAUCCUGGAACAUUUCACACUGCUGUUCUAGGACCCCACAUGCCUGGAAAUGGUUUCUCAAACAGGACAAUGUUCAGUCAAGCCACUGGGAUUAUGCAUGGCGGUUUGACUUACGGUAGUAUUCCAAACUCUGCAUACUCCCCCAUGGUGAUGACAGUUCAUAACAAUUCUGCAGGGCCCUAUAGUAUAAGGCAGGACCCUUGUAUGAAAGUGGAUGCUACUGUCCCCGCCUAUUGCCAUUCUUUGCCCAUACCAUCUAUACAACUUGUUCCGCGGUUGGUAUGCUCGGUUAGCGAGUCAGGAAAAGAGCAGGCAGCACCCGGCUAUUUUCAUUCCUUUUCUACUUCAGACAUUCUGACAUAUCCUAAGCUGGUAUCUUCAGUAAGUGAAUCGGGCCUGGAUGCCAAGAGAGUCCUGAAGUGCUGUAGCAUUCCGGGAGAACAACUGCAACAUACUCACCACUGUGCUCAGCAGGAGAAAGGUCCUCCAGAAACAAAGGCUGCCUGUGUUGCCUUUAGCAGCCAGCAAGGUGCAGACAUGGUAAUGACAACUAAGGAUAUGUGGACUAUGACCUCUAUGAAUGAUUUAACCAAAGGACUGAAACCAGCUCUUGAGCGUAGAGAUGCUGAGGUACAAACUCUUCCAACCAUGGAAUGCAAAUCUGUGGCAACAAGCCCAGCAGCUGCAGCAGAAGACCACCCACAUGUGUUCCCAGAGGUGAACCUGGAGCAAGACUUGGAGGCACCGAAAUCUCCAGUACGUGAAGUGAGAUGGGAUGAUGAAGGAAUGACAUGGGAAGUGUAUGGGGCAUCUGUGGAUCCAGAAGUCCUUGGGUUAGCCAUUCAAAAACAUCUGGAAAUUCAAAUAGAACAAUUCCAGACAGACCCUGCUCAGCUGGCUGAGAAAAGUAAUGAGGAGCCAUCUUCCGAUAAAAUGGGGAAAAAAAGGCCAUUCAGAACAAUGAUGCAUUCUCUGAGAUAUCCGAGCUGCUGUACUCGUUCCAGUACUGCAGUGGAGUGAGUGCAGCUGUAGGACAGCUGUGUUGCUCUUAAAUUGUAAAUAAAUGCAGAUUCUUACGUGUUAACACAGUACAUGUGGACAAUCCACUUCAGGAUAAGAGGGAGAAGUUCAAAUACAUAUCAAAGCAAGGAAAAACCCGUGGCUGGGCUGUGUAACAGGACAUAAGGUUGUACCUACAUCAUGCCAUCUGAAUGGACUUGACUGUAUUUAAUGUAGCACUGUUUUAUUCUUCUGUGUUAGUUUAAAAUCAUAUUGUAAGGAAUGAGACUUCUAAACGAUGUGUCUUUUUAAAAUAAUGAUUUUUUUUCUGUAUUUUAAUAAUUUAGGGUUAGAAAACUAAGUUAGAAAAUGAUGCUUUAAUCAAAGUUCUUAUCUUUCAAUCCACUCCCUUAAAUUGCUUGGGAGCUACUUUGCUGUUAAUUUAUAAUAAUGCUGACUAUAAGCCCACUUUACCUGUAGACAAAAUGACAAACUAGUGUAAUGCUAUAUGACAAAGAAUUGUAAUUUUUGCUACAUAACUUGUGAAGUAAUUUUGAUAUUGCUAGUCUGAACUCUUCCCUUUGCAAGCUGAUGUACAGUUGGAGGAUGCUCCUGCAACUUUCAAAUUAGUUUGUAGUUAUGAUGAAUUACAUUCUAAAUAUCCAGAACUGAUGUUUACCGAGUGAUUGACACAAAUGUACAGUAUUACCAAAGAUGACUCGUAAUGUGAAUUACUUACUGAAUGCUUGGUUUAGAGACAUGAAACAAAAGCUGUUCAGAUUAGCUUGUCACGGUAUCAUACCCUACAAAUCAUAAGCAGUUUUGCUUUGCUUAUAUUAAAAGUAAUUUCCAG